AUGCGACCUCGCGAGAUUUCGUUGAGCUUACUUGAGUAAAUGCCACGUCUUAACAAUAGCAUCCAAGCAGACACAAGUAUAAGCGUUUUAUCAAACGUAUUGCUCGCAGGACAGAGAGUUAUCCAGCGGCCCAGCAGGCAGUGAUAUCUGACACAAUCCGGGGAUACCAUGGGCUGUGUACGUCUGCUGGCACUGACACUGGCCGCAUCUGCAGUCCUCCUGUUAGCCUCCCAUUCAACCACUGCUCAUAGCCAUUCCCAUGGCGACCAUGAACACGGCCACCACGGCCACUCUCACGAUGACCUUGAGGAUGUGAAGAUGUUCCAUGGAGCGAGCAAGUGGAGCGCCGAGGCUAACAUCCCUCUGGAGGAAGAGGAGCACCACGGGCACGCUCACUCUCAUGACCAUGGACACGAUCACGGGCAUGCUCAUGAUCACGGACACGGGCACGCUCAUGAUCACGGACAUGCUCAUGAUCACGGACACGGGCACGCUCAUGAUCACGGGCACGGACACGCUCAUGAUCACGGACAACAGGAGGAUAUUGUCCGGGUGCACAAGGAGGAAAAUGGACACGUGCACUCACACGGAGGGGAGAGGGUGAAGAGGGAGGCAGAACCAGAGAAGAGGGAUACGUUGGAGCUCUGGACACAGGUGAGUUCACAAGUUCCUGAGGAGAAAUCUGAGGUCGAUGAAGAGCUGAUUCCUCCGAAAGUCCUGGANCUUCUCACCCUUGUCCGAUCGUUCACACCGUCCACACGCAUUCCUGAGGAGAAAUCUGAGGUCGAUGAAGAGCUGAUUCCUCCAAAAGUCCUGGAAGGAGACUGUGGGAGUCCAAAACUUUCCUUCCAGGACGACCCAGCUACAAUACCUGACCCCGCCCCAGAGACGGGACAGUUGGAGUUCAAGCUGGUUGUGACCCAUGACCCCCUGACCCUCACUCCUGACCCCUGGACCCGUUCCCACGCCACGCCUUUUUGUGUCCACCUCGCCAUGGCAACACCUUGGUCACUGCUGCUGCCACGGUAA